AUUUUUUUUUUUUAAAUGUACAGAUAGUCUCUGUAUAACGGCAUACCUUUUUUUUUUUACAGAUUUGCUGAAGGGCUAAGCACACUUGGCCUUCUGGACAUGAUGAAAAUUCAUCACAGCACCUUCAAGACAGCAUUCUGUUCAUCUGAUAAUCCUCUAAAAGCUACAGACUUGAUGAACUUGUUCCAAGCGGAACUGUCCCCUCCUGGAAGCAAUCGGUGGCGACUGGAAACAAAAGUUGAAGGAUUCUGGAGAGACUUCCUUUUAGAUAUUGAAGAUGGUGUGUUUGAGAUCACACUAGAUCAACUGCUGGUGUUCGCCUCUGGAGCUGACAGAAUUCCAGCACUGGGUUUUUUUCCGCAACCAACGAUGAAUUUCAUUCAUGAGACAGGGCGAAAGUACCCUGAGGCCAAUACUUGUCUUGUAAAACUGAAGCUUCCCAUCCAUAACACCUAUGAGGAGUUCACAAAGUACAUGUGUGAGGGCAUUAUUCAAGCUCCCACUUUUGGACUGGCUUAAAGUAACUGUAAUCAAUAAUGGAUAGUUGAAUGUUCU